AUGAAUGACCCGCUCUACACAGAGGUCGAGCAGGUUCUCGGGCCCGGCAGCACCUGGAUCACUGCUCCUUCCCCGUCCACCUCCUCGCUUGCAUCUUCAUCAAACAGCCCCGCCUCCGACUCGCCUGUCCUCUUCCAUGCCUUCCGAAGAACGUACAAGGGUGCUGCAAAGCAUGACAGUUACAUCUGGCUCCAGAUCGUCAACCCUGGGUUGCUCAAGGCGCUCAAGGCGGUCUUCCCGACUCUUGCAACUCUCUACAAAUCGGUUCCCGGGAUUGACGCUCGAGCGGUCUAUGUGCAGCGCGAGGCCCUUCGCUCGGACGCCAGCUCUCCCGCCCUCGACUCGCUGCUUUGUUAUGUCGAGGCCUCCUUCGCUUACGUUGCAGAAACCAUCACGACUUACCCGGCGGGCACAAUCUCGUGGCAUCUCCUCUGGACCCAGUUGGAGAUUGGUGAAGACCUCGAGACAGUGCACGACGUGACAGGCGAGACAAUGGCCAUUACGCUCGAUAGCUGGGCAUACGUACAAGAAGCAAUGGGGCGAGCCCUCAACCUGUCCUGCCACUUCUACCAGUGGGCAGGGACCUGCUGGCACCGCAUCCCCGUUAACCCGCAAGAUUUGCGAAUUCAGCAGAUCUUGGCGCUGCCGGCACGGCCUUUGACGAAGGAGAAGAAGGCGAGUUUGCGAGAACGAGGACAAACGUACACGCAGUACGCUGGUCAGGUGCACGCGAGCUACGAAGGCUUCUUCUUCACUGGAGCUUUCAGCGGAGCAGACCGGCUGAUGGGAGAGGGGCAAGUAGUCAUUGAUGUCAAGAGCUUCCGGCGCUGCAACCCUACGCUCGAUCACUGGGGAGACGACGUCGUUGACCGCGGCGGGACGACCCAGUGGGCGACACAUUCGAGCAGCCGAACGAAACCUUGUCCGCACCUUCGCUUCGGCAAGUUCCUCAUCUCCCGCCUGUCCCCCGUCAUCUGGCGAGACGAGUCUUUCUCGCAUCUCGUCAUCCCCGCUUCUUACCGCCAGAUAGUCAAGGCGCUCGUGACGGUCCAUGCGGGUGAGUUGAAGGAGAAGCUGAUGGUCAACGCUGUCGAGGGGAAAGGGAACGGGCUGGUGAUGGCUUUUCAUGGCGCACCUGGAACAGGCAAGACUUUGACUGCCGAGGCCGUUGCCGAGCACCUGCGAAGACCGCUCUACGUUGUCAGCGCAGGCGAGCUUGGCAUGACUGCGCAGACACUUGAUAACCAGCUUAAAAAUGUCCUCGAGCUCGCGACGGCUUGGAAUGCUGUGAUCCUGAUCGACGAGGCCGACAUCUUCCUGACGAAGCGCGACACGAGACAGCUAGAGCGUAACGCUCUCGUCGGGAUCUUCCUGCGCUUGCUCAAGUACUCCGGUGGCGUCCUCAUCCUCACGACUAACCACAUCAAGAACUUCGGCAAAGCCUUCCUCUCGCGCUUCGCCAUUGUCCUCCGCUUCGACGAACUCGACGAGCCUUCCUGUCGGACCCUCUGGGAGCAGUUCCUCCUCAAAGCGACCUCCUCCUCGUCCUCCUCCCUCUCCGCCUUCGACCUUGCCCACCUCGCCUCGUUCCGCCUCAACGGCCGCGACAUCAAACAUGUUAUCCAGACCGCGCAGGCGGUUGCGCUGGUCAAGGGAGACGAGUUGGGGAUGGAGCAUUUGGACGAUGUGUUGAGGGUUGCAAAGUCGGGCAUGCGGAGGGAGUAG